UUGACGAACGAACCUCGUCUAGGUGUUCCUGAACCUUUUAAUGGCCAACCCUCUGGAGCUGUCGUUUUCUCAAUCAUUGGAAGUCCGGAGGUGAGGAGCACUUUUUCUACAGAAACGGUCAAACUUGGUGGAUUUUAUUUCCUUCGACUUCGCACAAAUAACAAUGCAGAGUUCAAUACCAAGAAACGAUCGAUCUACGCUUUUGAUGUUCAAGCUGUGUUUCAGUCUCAAAAAAUUGGUGACAGACCCCCAAUAAAGCUUUCCAACCAGACUCACAUUGUAAUUCGUGUAAUUGACCGCAAUGACAAUUGUCCAUUUUUCUCUCAAGACACAUUUCACUGGACUGUAUUCGAAAAUGCAACAUUGUUCACUAGAAUUGGGACGGUUUCUGCUACUGACGCAGAUACGGGGAUCAGUGGACAGAUCUAUUUUGUUCUUCAACCGGAGCGAACCAUUGUUCCAUUUCGGAUCGAUGCGCGUUCUGGUGAUGUAUUCCCGACGAAAAGCCUAGCAAUAAAACGUGGAAAAUCAUCACAUAUAGAACAGACCACAUACUUAUCAAUGUAUGAAGGGCUCGAAGAUUACUCUUUUAGAGUGAUCGCUCGACACCGAGGAAAUCUGAGUCACGUACCUUGCGAAUUCGUCAUUCACGCUCAAGUGAAUAUCAGAAUACAAGCUGUUCGAUCAAGUGGUCCGAAGAUAAAUUCCGUUCUGUUUUCCGAUAUCCCAAAACCCGGUGCUCCUGGAACAGCCUAUGCCAGUAUCAAAGUGACAUCCCCCAGUGAUCCUCAAAACAUACAACUUACUAUCAUCGAGACUGAGGCCAUGGCCAUUUUUGAACUUGUGAGAGUGGGGUUUCAGCCAGAAUGGUUGCUCCGAUUAAAGGCCCAAUACCCUUUGCUCUCACUGAAUUCGCGAAUCGGAGUCACACUGAAAGCCGUCGAUACCGAAUAUGCUUCAGUAGAAAACAUUCCAUCGACCAGCCAGGAUUUUCUGGACGUGGCACUUUUGCCUUGGCCCAUGUUUCGAAUUCACCUACCUCGAGAAAUUAAGGUGUCUGUCAGCGAAGUGGCUCUAGUCAACUCCACUAUCUUCAUCAUCAAUCCAAAACUAGACUAUUAUAUUCAUAAUUCCAGUUUCUUGUUUUCACAAUUGGAAAAGAAUGAGGAGCUACCUUUUGAAAUUACAAAAACAGGAGCAGUCGUUGUGACAAAGAGUGUCGAUUUGGAGACUUUGCGCACGAAUCUUGUCGAAGUACCUUUUACAGUUGUUGACCAGAAUAACAUUCUUCUAAGUAGCUUGGCUGAUUCCAAACUCGUGAUCAAUAUCAUUGACUAUAAUGAACACGACCCUGUAAUAUCUAACAGUGUUGCCGAGCGAUCUAUCCCGGAGUCUCUUCCAGUUGGGAGUGAGGUUUUGCAAAUCGAAGCCUACGAUCCGGAUUUUUCAGCCACUCGCCUAUCAUUUAGCCUAUUCGACGAAGACAAAUUGCCGUUUAUUUUUUCGACUACUAAACCAGGAUCAUUGAUAUUGAAAACACGACUUGAUGCCGAAACAAUGCCGGCAGAAUUUCACAUUAAAGUAAAGGUGUCCGACUCAGGUCUACCUUUUCCGCGCAGUGCAAUUGUAAUCUACGUCAUUCGGAUCAUUGAUGUCAACGAGUUUAGCCCAGUGUUUGUCGAAAAAUCGUGUAGUGCGCAGCUAGCUGUUACAUCACAUGGACAAAUUCAAAUCCUGGCACCAUCGGGUUUGGAGUUGGGGAGCUUUUUCGCUGAAGAUCUAGAUCGAGAUGGGAGUAGUACUGUCCAAAUUCGCCUAGCUUCUACCACAGUAACAAGACCGUGUUUCAAAAUCGAUCCGGUUUCAGGACGUUUGCUUCUAAUUUGCUCCAAUAUCGGCCCUCCCGGAACCACUGUGAGUGUCUACCUAGAAGCGACGGAUGGUAACCGAACAUCUGAGCAGCCUUUUGAAUUGAAAAUCAAUUUGGUUCAGGCGGACUAUGGCCAUGUUUUUUCAAAGUCUUGCCAACCCUCUAAUAUCUACGAAAAGGUGCAAGAACAAAAACAGAAGCGGACGGAUUACGAACAUCUUAUUUCUAAUUCUACAAGUAUUGAUAGUUUCUUCAAAAGAUUCGAUGUCGAAAGUGCCCCGAGCCUAAGCAUCCCACCAACAAUCAAAAUUCCAGAAAAUCUGCCAAUUGGAACACCGAUUCUCCACUUUGGUGCAAGAUUCGUCGAUCCUUUGAAACCGGAUAGGGUUCAUCGAUUGGUUUACGGUGUCGAGGCCCAGAAGACCCUGAUGGCUACAGGAGCUAUGAUGACUCCACCCUAUCAGGCUUUCUGCUUACGAGGCAAAUCGACCUCCGAUGUUGAUACUGAUGAAGAAAUGACGCUUGAAGUGGCAGCUCCAAUUGAUCGCGAGGCCUUUUCGGCCUUCUUAUUAUCGAUACAGGUCUGCGUCUUACAAGAGUCCCUCGGGCCAUGUGUUACCAGCAACCUGACAAUCCACAUCGAGGAUUUGCCUGAUGAACCUCCAAAAUUUGUUAUGGAGAAUAAGAAUGCACACACCUUCUCCGUCUCCGAAAAUGAUUUGGAGGGUUCAUUUAUUGGCCAAAUGUUUGCUGAAGAUGGUGACGCUGAAAGCAAGCUAAGAUUCUCCCUCAGAAACUUCAAGGAUACGUUCAGGAUACACCACCGAACCGGCCGUAUAAGCCUGAAAAAAAAGCUUGACCGUGAGCUGGUCGAUUCCUAUCUAUUGACAGUUAAAGUCAGGGAUGUUCUCGACCUUCCUCCCCUGGCGUCGCCAUCCCAUCUUCACGCCUUGGCACUGAAUGCGACCCCUGACUGGGCCUUAGUUCGAACUGCAACCACCUACGUCCGUGUCAACGUCCUUGAUACAAAUGACAAUAGACCGGAAUUCAUAGCGACCUACGAUAAUCUUGUUGUACCCGCAGAUCUCCCUGAGGGUGCUUAUGUGACGACGCUUCGGGCUAGAGAUGCCGACUCCGGGCAUAACGCCGUUCUCCAGUACAGUCUGUUUGGUGGAGAAGCAGACAAGAUGUGUUUUGAUUGUGAGCUCACCACCGGAGUAGUGCGCAUUGCUCCUGACUGCGGCGGGCUUCGGCCCGGUCACGUUUACUCACUGACAGCUUGGGUUUGCGACCUUGGCACACCGGAUCCGCUGCAGACCAGCUCGCCUUUCAAGGUUACUGUCGUGGAUUUGAGAGUGAAUGUAUGGCCUCCGAGGUUCGAUGCACCGAACGGGCUGUAUGAGGGCAAGUUGCUUGAAGGUGUGCCGAUCGGAAGCAAAGUGAUGCAAAUCGGCGGUGGACAGCCGUUACGAGUGAGCGCUAGUGAUCCCGAGGAUCUUCCCAUUGUUUUUAGGGCUGAUGGUGGAAGCGGAUUAGGGAUUUUCACAGUCAGCGAUGAUGGUAAGUCAUGCUAA